AUGACACAGCAAGUAUUGCUUUGUUUACAUUCCAGAAAACUUGGAACUGCUGGACAAAAACUUGGAGGCUCUGCUGUCCUUUGCCAUAUAAAACACGAUCCCACGGACCCAGGUGGAUGCUUCACAUUAACCUCAGCAAAUGUGGGGAAGUGCCAAGCUGUUCUCUGUAGGAAUGGAAAACCUUUGCCUUUGUCCAGGUCUUAUGUGAUGAGUUGUGAAGAAGAGCUAAAGAGGAUUAAACAGCACAAGGCCAUUAUCACAGAGGAUGGUAAAGUAAAUGGCGUGACAGAUUCCACAAGAAUCUUGGGAUACACCUUCCUUCACCCAAACGUAGUGCCCCGCCCUCAUGUCCAGUCCAUUACCUUGACUCCGCAGGAUGAGUUCUUCAUUCUGGGUAGCAAGGGAUUGUGGGACAGCCUCUCCAUCGAGGAGGUGGUGGAAGCGGUCAGAAAUGUCCCUGAACCACUGGCAGCUGCAAAGAAGCUUUGCACUUUGGCCCAGAGCUACGGCUACAACGACAGCAUCAGUGCGGUGGUGGUUCAGCUCAAUGUGACGGAAGACAGCUUUUGCUGCUGUGAACUUAAUGGAGUCCCGCCUCCCAGCCCAGGCAUCUUUCCCCAGUCAGUCAACGUAGUCAUUAAAGACAGACCUACAGAUGCUUUGGGAAUGCCAUCUUCCAGCAGCGGCAUGGCCUCUGAGAUUAGUAGCGAGAUCUCCACCUCUGAAAUGAGCAGUGAGGUGGGGUCCACAGCCUCUGAUGAGCCCCCUCAGGUAGCCAUGAAUGAGAACAGCCCAGCAUACCCCAAUGAACAGCGCUGCAUGCUUCACCCAGUCUGCCUGUCCAAUUCUUUCCAAAGGCAGUUGUCCAGCGCCACCUUCUCGAGCGCCUUCUCUGACAAUGGCCUUGACAGUGAUGACGAGGAACCAAUUGAGGGUGUCUUUACGAAUGGCAGCCAGGUGGAAGUGGAGGUGGACAUCCACUGCAGCCGAGCAAAGGAGAAGCAGUUGCUCCAAGUGCCUGUGGAAGCCAGUGAUGAAGGGAUUGUCAUUAGCGCGAAUGAGGAUGAAACAGGCCUUUCCAGGAAAGCAGAUUACUCCAGCACUGGUACAAUUGGGCGCCGACGGGGCAAUGGUUCUGUGGCUCCUCAGGAAAGGAGCCAUAACUUGAUUGAAGUAGCAACUGAUGCACCUCUCAGAAAAACUGGGGGCUACUUUGCAGCCCCAGCUCAGCCAGAUCCAGAUGACCAAUUCAUCAUUCCACCAGAGCUCGAAGAAGAGGUCAAGGAGAUUAUGAAACAACAGCAGCAGCAGCAGCAGCGGCAGUAUCAGAUGGAUCAGCUGCCAGACUAUUACGAUACACCACUAUGACCCUGUGUGCAUACUGUUCAGAAAUAAACUAACGGACAAGAAGACAUGAGUGCAGGACCCAAAUAGGGCUCACAUUACUGCAGGGAUUUUACUACAUUUUGUUUUCCUUACCCUGCCACUACAGAUAACUGCAGCUUCUCUUUCUGUUUGUUAGUUUUAAUAUCAACUGACAUUGUUCUAGAGAUGAUUUACCAAUAAGAUUUAAACUAGUUAACUUUCCCCUUAACAUAUCAAGUGUAAAAAAUAAAAGGUUUAAUAUAUUGCAGAGAGACAUGAUGUAAUUUUUUUUUAAAUGGCUCUUUUUUUUUUUGUUUGUUUGGAAAGCAGGGCAGUAUGCCAGUGCUCAAUGAUUACGUAAUGUUGUAAUACUGUAUUUCUUUGAGAAAGAAAAAGGCUUUUUUGGUCUUGAAAAUGACAGAGAUUUGUAGAAUAUGGAGACUAACUCCUAGGAGUUGCUUUACUCUUUCAGAUGACUUAAGUCACUGAGAUUCACUAAUUUUCUCUGAGAGAACAGUUGAUUGGGAAAUUACUGUAAAUAGAUCUGUGUUGUAUAGUGAUGCUUAAAAUGUUUUGUAGUUUUGGCAUAAGGACACAACCUGAAUUGACUUCUGUUUUCUUGACUCUUUGGGCCAUAGUUUUCAUACUGAGUGGCUGUACAAAUUACCUACAAACUUAGGUGGUUCUUAAACCAUAGAAAACAGCCUCUUUUUCUGGUCUCUGUUUUUCUUCCUUUUACUUUUACAGGCACAUCUUAUUUGUGUUCCUUAUUGCUGCCACAACCAGCAUGAUUGUAUAGAGCUCCUUUACUGUAGAUCAUUUACAUACCAAGAGUUAUAUUAAAGCAGAAUGCACAAAUGAACAUGUCAUAACUUUUGUUAUAAUA